CUGAAUCUCGUGGAGGGCAAUGUCUUUCUGAGUUCUAUAUUAAUUAUAAAGAGCUAUUGUAUUGGCGUUGUGAUAAACAACAUGAAUGGUUUGCAAAUCUUAACAAUAUAAAAAAUAAUCGAAGAUGGUGUCCAUGGUGUUCAAAGAAAUGUUCUGAAGCUCAUAUAUGGUAUGCCACUUUUUAUAAUACAAAAAAUCAUCAUAAUUGGUGUCCGUAUUGUAGAUAUAAUUUUACAAAACUUGGCAUUAAAUAUGCUAAUACUUUAUCAUAUAAUAAAAAUGGAGAAUGUUUAAGUGAUAUAUAUAUUGAUAAUAGAACACAUUUACUUUGGAGAUGUGAAAAAAAGCAUAAAUGGUAUCAAAAUAGUUGCUCUAAGUAUAAAUGUGAAAAUUUGUGUCGAAAAAUUGUGUCAAAAUAUCUUGGACCCCCAUCUAAGAUAUGUCGACCUGAUUCUCUCAAAACAUUAGAAUCUCCUAUAGGUUUAGAACUUGAUAUUUAUUAUCUGGAAUAUGGUCUUGCAAUCAAAGUACAAGGAGAGCAACAUGAAAAAUAUAUCGAAUUCUUUCAUAAAGGAGAUCCCAAUAAUUUUGUUAGACAGCAAGAACGAGAUCAACUCAAGAAAGAAUUAUGCGAAGAAAAUUGGAUAGUUCUACGAGAAGUUUGGCAUUACGAAGACCCAUAUAUAGUUAUUCCAGAGCAUCUUCGAGAACUGGGUCUUAUAGAAUAA